CGGCGAGAUUCGAGAAGCCUGUCCGCGGCGUCCGCCUGCUGGCUGCACCGCCUGUCCGCCUGCUGGCUGCUGCGGCCUGCACUGCUGCAGCUCUGCGCCGACUCCGCCGAGAAGACUGAGCUCUGCGCGGCUGCGCCGACUCCGCCCGACCGGAGACCGCCCCUGCCGCCGACUACACUUCUGCAGUUCUGCAGCUCUGCACGACAGCCCAACAGGUAAAUAGGUAAUGAAGAGAUACUAUAACCCUGUUGAAGAAAAAGCUGAUGAAAGUAGCUCAUCAAAAAUUGUAGUGCCGGCUGUGCCGUCAACUACAAUUCAAGAAAACUCAACAACAAAUGACGAAGAGCAUACAAUCAUACAAUCAGUCGCCGCUAAUGAGUUUGAUGCUUCCCAACUUCCAUCUGACCCUGGAUUGAGAAUACCGAUCUCAAGGUAUCAUCCAAAUAUUAGAGAUCAAGUUCGAAGAGCAUAUUUGCAGAAAGGCCCUUGUCAACCAUUUGAACAUGACUUCCAAAUGAGUUGUAUCAUGCUUUACAAAGGCGUGACCAAGAUAUUGUCAAUGCAAUGGAUCUUGUUAGAGUUUGCAGGUACAGACUUCAAGCUUCUAGAGAUGACAGAUGGGAUUCAUUGUUUGAGGAGGUUUGUAAUUUUUGUGAUCAACAUUCUAUUGAUAUCCCAAACAUGAAUGACACAUUCAUCCGUUUUGAUUCUCGAGGUCGCCCCGUACGUAAAGGACCAA